AUGGCCGCACCCAGAGCAAGCAAACCGGCGCGUAUCACGGCCAUGCGCCUCAGCGUUGUGUUCCUCCUCGUCGCCGCGGUGUGUGAAAUCGCCGCAGCCGCCUCGGGCGAUGCGAGCUCCGCCGGCGAUCAUUCAAGUCCGUCCGCCCGACAUUCCCAAGGCCGCCUCGCUAACAGCCUGAAAAGCUUGCGCAAAUUUCUUCCUACUGGCGCUGCUCCUACAAGCGGGCCCGCAACUGUAGCCAGCAGCGGAGCAGCGGCGAAACCAUUGGCGACCCCUGCCUCGACAUCCACGUGUCAGGCGUCGACUCUCGCGGGUUACACGAGCUCUGUGGACCUCUCAGGCAAAGGGCUCAUCCUCCACUGGAAAAAGUCAACGGGGUCAACGAUCGACCUCGCGCUCGAGGCCAAGCCAACGAGCGGCGCGGCGGGCGGGUGGUUCUCGGUGGCGUGGACCAACGGCGGCAUGUUCAACUCCGAUGCCGUCAUCGGGAACCUCGCGACGGCCAGCGGCGUCGGCACGUACGCGAUAUCCAGCUACUCGAAUGUGGUUACCACCACGCGCUUCGCCAUCACCGGCACGAGCGUUACCGCCUCGAAGACUGUUGCCAACCAUGGCGGCUCGCACAGAGGAGCCAAGACAGUUGAUUUCUCUUGCGAUGGCACAGCCUCAGGGUCUGGCUCGGGGUCAGGCUCGGGUUCAGGCUCGGGAUCAGGCUCGGGCACCGGAGCAGGCAUGUGCACAGGCAACACGGGCGUGAGCGGCACGGCAUGCUCUGCGUCCACACUCUGCGGCUACUCCUACCAGGCGCAGAUUAAACCCGGCGUGCUGCUGCACUGGAAGCGCGCGUCCGCCACGCAGCUGGACGUGGCCGUGGAGCUCAAGAGCAGCAGCGGCGCCAGCAACGGCUGGUUCGCCCUCGGUUGGGCCUCUGGAGGAGGCAUGGCUCCCGCCGAUGCUAUCAUUGGCAACAAGGAUGGGGGACUCGUCAGCCCGUACUACAUCGACGGCUACACCAUGUCCUCGUUAAAAGGCGGCUCGUUUGACAUUGGCAGCAGUGCUGGGACCGUGACGUCUGCUUCUGGUUCCACAGUGAUCCAGUUCUCCCGCACGGCCAACACGGGGUCUAUUCCCGUGAAAAUGAGCGGCGUCCAUCGGAUCAUAUGGGCGCACUCCCCCGCCAACUCCAAGACCCUUGCCUUCCACUUCACUGCUGCUGGUCAUAUCUCGGUGGACUUUUCCUGUGCCACUGCGCCAUCUACCGAGACUGGUCUUAAAGCAGUGGGGCCUUUGGUUUAUCAGUUCAUCACUUGGCUCGCCGGAUCGCUCUUCGGCCUCAAUAAGUCACAGAUGUACACAACGCACACUGCUUCUAGCCCCUUCGGAUAA